UAGUCCAGUAUGAGAUGUGUGACAAUCGUCAGACUUUGAAUCCGGAGACAGUGUCAGACAAAAAAAUCGUGUUCACUGGCCAGCCUCUUCUACCCUUCUUCUGAUCCUCUCCCGUAUAGCCAUUUCGUCGAACACCUUCCCGAGCCGACUGCCGCCGCCGCCGCCAUGCUCCUCGCGAAGCCCCACCUCUCCUCCUCCUCUUUCCUCCCAUCCACGCGGGUGUCUAGCCCCGCUCCGGGUCCCAACCACGCAAAGCCCAUCGCCGCCUCUCCCGCCCCUCGACGCUGCCUCCGUCUCGCCGUCACAUCCGCCGCGGCGCCGGCUGCUUCGUCGGCGGAGGCGGCGGCGGCGCUGAGCCGCGUGGAUGUGCUCUCAGAGGCGCUCCCCUUCAUCCAGCGCUUCAAGGGGAAGACCGUGGUGGUGAAGUACGGCGGCGCGGCGAUGAAGUCGCCGGAGCUCCAGGCUUCAGUGAUCCGCGACCUGGUCCUCCUCUCGUGCGUCGGCCUCCACCCCGUGCUCGUCCACGGCGGCGGCCCCGAGAUCAACUCCUGGCUGCUCCGCGUCGGCGUCGAGCCGCAGUUCCGGAACGGCCUCCGCGUCACUGACGCGCUCACCAUGGAGGUCGUCGAGAUGGUGCUCGUCGGCAAGGUCAACAAGCACCUCGUCUCCCUCAUCAACCUCGCGGGCGGAACCGCCGUAGGUCUCUGUGGCAAGGACGCUCGCCUCCUCACCGCGCGCCCCUCCCCGAACGCAGCGGCCCUCGGCUUCGUCGGCGAGGUCUCGCGCGUGGACGCCACCGUCCUCCACCCAAUCAUCGCCUCCGGUCACAUCCCGGUCAUCGCCACUGUGGCCGCCGACGAGACCGGGCAGGCCUACAACAUCAACGCUGACACGGCGGCCGGCGAGAUCGCCGCCGCGGUCGGCGCGGAGAAGCUGUUGCUGCUCACAGAUGUGUCUGGAAUUCUGGCCGACCGUAAUGACCCCGGGAGUCUGGUGAAAGAGAUCGACAUUGCUGGGGUGCGGCAGAUGGUGGCCGACGGGCAGGUAGCUGGUGGGAUGAUACCGAAGGUGGAAUGCUGCGUGCGUGCCCUCGCACAGGGCGUGCACACUGCAAGCAUCAUCGAUGGGCGUGUCCCGCACUCGUUGCUGCUCGAGAUUCUCACAGAUGAGGGCACUGGCACUAUGAUCACUGGCUGAGGUGAUUCAUCCCGUCGUGGUUUUUGUCAUUCUUUUUGGAGUUGGCCUGGUGUGAUAUGAUAGAUUGAACUGUGAACCACAAGUGAAUGGAGAAAAUGACUUGAUUUGGCACCACUAUACCAAGGUUCUAGCUGUGACUCAUGAGGUUUGGAGAAACUGAUGGCAUGGAGGGCUGGACUGGUAGAGCUCUGGGUCCUUGCAGACAUCAUUCCUCUGUUCUUUCCACCACCAUGGCAUGGUCAGAGCAAAUUCCACUUGCAUCUAAUGGAACGGUGCCUUCUUUUCCGUAUUUAAGUACUGUAUUAGUGGAAACUUUCAGUCUUUCAUUGUGCCAUUCGUCAUUUCUGAUCUGUUGUGUGAGAGAAAUUUUGAGAAAAGGGAGGAAAAGCUCUACCCCUUCACUUGGCGUUACAGAAUCUAUUCCUCAUUAUGUUGUCUAUUUACUUUUUGUGCGAUACUGAUACGGUAAGCAUAUCGUAGUGCUGUUUAGUGUCUGUUGAGCACUUCAGCCCCUUAGAACUGUUGUGCUUAGCACUACAAUGCUUGCGGCUAUAUAAUAAUAAGACAUACCUUCAGAUUUAA